GGGUAGUUAGAUUUGAAACUAAACUCAAACGACAACAGUUUUUUGUCCUCUUACCUCAAAAUUUCCCCAACUUGUAGGCGGUUAAGAUCUUCAGGUUCAAAGAAAAUAUAAAAUUAGAAUACUCGAUAAUAAAAACGACGACGUUCGGACUCAACCUGUUAAACCCUAGAAAAACCCAACAUUCAAAAUCAAACCCCUCAAAAAGAGAACUCUCCCUCUGUGGCUCUCUCUCUCAAAAAAUCAUGGGGUUUUUUGAUCUCAACGUACCAUAUGAAACCUUUCAAUCAUCAAAAACAAAACGAAUUAAACUAGUAAUCAAAGCAAUGGAGUUAGGCUACACAGGAAUCGCUUAUAAUCGUACGAUCAAAGGCAUAAUGUCCGAUCACGACCGGUGCUGUAUUACUCCGUUUUCUCUUUCCACUCUCCUCAAUAUCGCCCCUUCUCUCUGUUCCUCCGUCAAUCUCCACCGCGACCUCCUCAAUGUCCCACGCGCCUCCCCUUUCCGUCAGUACACGCGUUUGACGGUGUGUGUAGAUAGUCCAGCUCAAAGUCACGUGCUUAAUCGUGGAAAUAUGAUUUUAAAGAGUUAUGAUUUGGUUGCUGUUAGGCCUCUUAAUCAAUUAGCCUUUGAUUACGCGUGUGAGAAAUCUGAGGUGGAUAUAAUUACGAUUGAUUUCUCGGAGAAGUUACCGUUUAGGUUGAAGUUGCAUAUGGUUAAAGCUGCUAUGGAGCGUGGAGUUCAUUUUGAAAUUACGUAUUCUGAUCUUAUUGUGGAUGUUCAAGUUAGGAGGCAAAUGAUAUCAAAUGCUAAGUUACUGGUGGAUUGGACUCGAGGAAGGAAUCUCAUUAUCUCAAGUGCUGCUCCUUCUGUAAAUGAACUCAGAGGGCCAUAUGAUGUUGCGAACUUAUCAUCUUUACUUGGGCUCUCUAUGGAGCGAGCUAAAGAAGCUAUUUCGAAGAACUGUAGGAAUCUAGUAGCUAAUGCCUUGAGGAAAAAGCACUUCUACAAGGAGACUAUAAGAGUUGAACCAAUAUCAUUGGAUGAAAAAUCUGACUCCAAAGAACCUUUGUCUAUAGACUGGCUUAAAUGGGAUCCAAUCUCCAGUGGUGAAUGGGAUUUACAGCUGGAGGAUAUUGCAAAAUCUUUUUCUGCCACCAACAAAGUAUCCAAUUCUGUUAAAGCCAUUGACUUUGCUUCAGUUAUUGACAGCAUCUCAUCACAUGGUGCAAACUUUUUGACUCCUGCCAAGGCAGUUGAGGUACCAGUUACAGCAACUGGAGCAUCUGAAAAACUUGGUGGACAUGAUCUUCUUCCUGUAACAGAUUGCAAAUCAAUGUGCAAUUUUCUGUUAAAGGGUCAGACCCUUGAUCAUGGAAGUUCCCAAGCUAUGCCAAGAGAUGCUGCAACAACUUCAACCAGCUCCGAGGAAAUUAGAGCCCCUACAAAUGCCACCAAGGAAAAGCCAAAAAAUUCGAAUGUCUCAGAUGCAGUACUUCCUUUGGUUGUAUCUCAAAAGCAUGAUUUGCAAUUACAAGAUCUUAUAAAUAGUGAUUUAAAUACUGUGUUAGCAAAUGAAGAUGCAAUACUUCAGACACCUGCUGCAGAAAAUGGGUUAACUGAUGCUUGUGUUGCUGAUACCACAACAGAUAUUUUAUCUGAGAGUACUAAUUUUCUCGAGUCUCAGAUUUUAAAGUCUAUGAAUUCACAUGCAGUAUUGGGUACACAGAAUGCUGUCAUGGAAAACAACAUAGAAAAGACAGGUACAGAAGAUCAGGAAGAUGCACAUGGAACUGAAAAUGCAUCUGGCAGAAAACAGCUUAGGGAAUUUCGAGAUGCUGCUAUUACGCAUGUAGAUUCUGUUCCAUUUGUACUCACCUCUGGUGAAGUGAAUGAUAAUGUUGUCUCUUUAGUUAAAAAUCAGGAGAUUUUGGAGGAGGUGGCUAUGGAAGAGCAAGAACAUGGAGAUACAAAUCUAGACAUCUCAGAGGAGGUGGCAAAGGAAGAGCACGAGCAUGAGGAUGCAGAUACUGAAAUGGCUCUUAGUCGGGACAAUGAUUUUGAAGUUAAAGGCAACUCUCUAGGUGCAGAAGUUGUGCCCUUAAAGGAUGUGGAAAUGCAGGGUCAAAAGCAUGAAGAAGCUGAUACUGAAAGUAAUCAUCAAACCUUUGUCCCAUCAAUAUCAGGGAAAUCCAAGUCGAAGCAGAAGACACCUCUUUUAUUUCCGUUAAAACGUUUGUUGAAUCCUAUACCUUUCAAAAGGAAAUCUAAAAAGUUCAAACGCAAGAUGAAGGUAUAACGAAAAGUUUUUUGCACUCGUCCCUCCAAAUUUUGAUCGUCUGUCCGCUGUAAAAUUAUAUUAAACUAGUGCCCACCUUUAUAAAGUUAUAUUACCUGUGUUGUUGAAGGGUGGUGAAAAUUGUUUGAUAGGUUCUACAGAUGCAUCUGCCCUUACAAAAUUGAAAUUACAUAUACAAUCAUCAAGUAUUUAUUGAAUUUUACUUAUGAUGAAAAAGCAAAGAAAUUUGUAAAGUUUUUUGACAGUUCUGAGAAUGAACAUUUUGUACCAUUGAUCAAUGUGCUAAAGUUUUAACAUUACA